AUGGAGGAACUUUGCUACAGCUUUGAGCAGGAAGACUCCGCUCCUGAAUUUCUCUUCUGGGACCAGGCAGAUCCCAACGCUCCGCUGGACAACUUCCUACUGGACUGCUCCUCCCUGGCAGACCAGUUCUCCCCUUGGCCCUCCUGCCCUUCUUGCCCGCCCGCCCCGGGGGAGCCGGCGGGCGGAGCGGCGGGGGGUGCUGAACUGGACAGCUCCCCCCCGGCCCCGCCGCCCCCCGGCCCCCUCCACCAGCGGCACGCCGCCAACGUCCGCGAGAGGAAGAGGAUGCUCAACAUCAACUCGGCCUUUGAGGAGCUCAGGUGCCACGUACCAACCUUCCCGUACGAGAAGCGCCUCUCCAAAAUCGACACGCUCCGGCUGGCCAUUGCCUACAUCGCUCUCCUCGGUGAGAUCCUCCUCUCCGGGUGCGAUCCCAAAUCCUACGUGGAGCAGUGCCUGAAGAAUGGUUUGCAGAGCCAACAGCGGGCAACCUGGAAUACAAGUGAUCUAACAGCCCGUCUGUCUUGGGUAAAGUGGGAUUAA